CUCAGCCGAGGUGUGCUCAUCAACUCUCACUGUAGCUGGAAAUCUCAAGCAGUCACUAUGGGUGAUGCUAUGAUGGCAGAGUUCGGAAAGGCUGCUCCCUUCUUGAGGAAGUCGGAUAAAGAACGUCUGGAAGCUCAGACAAGAGCCUUUGACAUCAAGACCGAAUGCUUUGUUGUGGAUGAAAAGGUGGAGUUUGUGAAGGGGCAAAUUGUCAACAAGGAAGGAGGGAAAGUCACUGUUAAGACUGAGGAUGGGAGGACAGUGACUGUCAAGGACGGAGACGUCCAUCCCCAGAACCCGCCUAAAUUUGAUAAAAUCGAAGACAUGGCGAUGCUUACUUUCCUUCACGAGCCUGCAGUGCUGUUCAACCUCAAAGAGCGUUAUGCAGCCUGGAUGAUCUACACCUUCUCUGGGCUGUUCUGCGUAACCGUCAACCCUUACAAGUGGUUACCGGUGUACGACUCAGAAGUAGUUGCUGCUUACAGAGGUAAGAAGAGAUCAGAGGCCCCACCUCACAUCUUUUCUAUCUCAGAUAAUGCUUAUCAAUACAUGCUAACUGAACGGGAGAACCAGUCCAUCCUUAUCACCGGAGAAUCCGGUGCUGGGAAGACCGUCAACACCAAGAGAGUCAUCCAGUAUUUUGCAAGCAUUGCUGCCGCUGGUGGAGCAACUGGAAAGAAAGACACCAGCAAGGGAACCCUGGAGGAUCAGAUUAUUCAGGCUAACCCUGCACUUGAGGCUUUUGGCAAUGCUAAAACCGUGAGAAAUGACAACUCAUCUCGCUUUGGGAAAUUCAUCCGCAUUCAUUUUGGGACAAGUGGUAAACUCUCCUCUGCUGAUAUUGAAACGUACUUGCUGGAGAAGUCUCGGGUGACCUUCCAACUAAAAGCUGAGAGGAACUACCAUAUCUUCUUCCAAAUACUGUCCAAUGAAAAGCCCGAACUACUGGACAUGAUGUUAAUAACCAAUAAUCCGUAUGACUACUCUUACAUCUCCCAAGGAGAAGUAACCGUCGCGUCCAUCAAUGACAAUGAAGAGCUGGUUGCUACUGACAAAGCAUUUGAUGUACUUGGCUUCACGACCGAAGAAAAGAUGGGAGUCUACAAGUUGACAGGUGCUAUCAUGCACUAUGGCAAUAUGAAGUUCAAACAGAAACAGCGUGAAGAACAGGCAGAGUCUGACGGUACUGAAGAUGCAGAUAAGGCAGCUUAUCUAAUGGGGCUGAACUCUGCUGACCUGCUCAAAGGACUCUGCCAUCCAAGAGUCAAGGUAGGCAAUGAGUAUGUCACAAAAGGACAGAGUGUGGACCAAGUGUAUUACUCAAUUGGUGCACUGGCAAAGUCAGUGUAUGAGAAAAUGUUCAACUGGAUGGUGGUAAGAAUUAACCACUCUCUUGACACAAAGCAACAUCGCCAGCAUUUCAUUGGUGUGCUAGACAUUGCUGGCUUUGAGAUCUUUGAUUUCAACACAUUUGAACAACUCUGCAUCAAUUUCACAAAUGAAAAGCUGCAACAGUUUUUCAAUCACCACAUGUUCGUUCUGGAACAAGAGGAGUACAAAAAAGAGGGGAUUGACUGGGAGUUCAUUGACUUCGGGAUGGAUCUGCAAGCCUGCAUCGAUCUGAUUGAGAAACCCCUAGGUAUCAUGUCUAUUCUGGAGGAAGAGUGCAUGUUUCCAAAGGCCAGUGAUCAGACAUUCAAAGCAAAGCUAUAUGACAACCAUCUGGGAAAGACAAACAUUUUCCAAAAGCCACGAGUUGUGAAGGGAAAGGCAGAAGCGCACUUUGCCUUAUCCCAUUAUGCAGGUACCGUGGACUAUAAUAUUUCUGGCUGGUUGGUGAAGAACAAAGACCCAUUGAAUGAAACUGUAGUUGGUCUCUAUCAGAAAUCCUCUUUGAAGUUGUUGAGUCAUCUGUUCUCAAACUAUGCAGCAGGAGAUGCAGCAGAAAAGUCAGGUGGGAAAGGGGCCAAGAAAAAGGGGUCAUCUUUUCAGACAGUUUCCGCCCUGCACAGAGAAAAUCUUAACAAAUUAAUGACAAAUCUGAAAACCACAAACCCACACUUUGUCCGUUGUCUGAUUCCAAAUGAGAGCAAAACUCCUGGAAUCAUGGACAACUGUCUGGUCAUGCACCAGCUUCGCUGCAACGGUGUACUGGAGGGUAUCAGGAUUUGCAGGAAAGGUUUCCCAAACAGGAUCCUCUAUGGUGAUUUCAAACAGAGGUACAGAAUCCUAAAUGCAUCUGCCAUCCCAGAAGGUCAGUUCAUCGAAAACAAGAAAAGUGCUGAGAAGCUGUUAGGCUCACUAGACAUCGAUCACACGCAAUACAAAUUUGGCCACACAAAAGUCUUUUUUAAAGCUGGCCUGCUUGGUACGUUAGAAGAGAUGCGAGAUGACCAACUCGCUCGUAUCCUCACUAGGAUCCAGUCUUAUGCUCGUGGAUUACUGAUGAGAGUGGAGUUUCAGAAACUUGUGGAACGUAGAGACGCCCUCCUGGUCAUCCAGUGGAACCUUCGUUCUUUCCUUGGUGUAAAAAACUGGCCAUGGAUGAAACUGUUCUUUAAGAUAAAACCUUUGCUAAGGAGUGCUGAGUCUGAAAAGGAGAUGGCAAACAUGAAGGAUGAAUUCAAUACGUUAAAAGAAGCUUUGGAGAAAUCUGAGGCCAGGAGGAAAGAGUUAGAAGAGAAAAUGGUCACUCUUCUUCAAGAGAAGAAUGAUUUACUUCUUCAGGUACAAUCAGAGCAGGACACGCUAAUGGAUUCCGAAGAACGAUGUGAACAGCUCAUAAAAAGCAAAAUCCAGCUAGAGGCUAAAGUCAAAGAGCUGGCAGAACGUAUAGAGGAUGAGGAAGAGAUAAAUGCAGACCUCACAGCCAAGAAACGCAAGUUGGAGGAUGAAUGUUCUGAGCUCAAGAAAGAUAUAGAUGACCUGGAGCUGACAUUGGCCAAGGUGGAAAAGGAAAAGCAUGCCACUGAGAACAAAGUGAAGAAUCUAACAGAGGAAAUGUCAUCCCUUGAUGAAAACAUAAUGAAACUCACCAAAGAGAAAAAAGCUCUACAAGAGGCUCAGCAGCAAACACUGGAUGACCUUCAAAGUGAGGAGGACAAAGUAAAUAUAUUGACAAAAGCAAAAGCUAAGCUUGAACAACAGGUGGAUGACCUUGAGGGCUCAUUGGAACAAGAAAAAAAAGUUAGGAUGGACUUGGAGCGUAUCAAGAGAAAAAUGGAAGGAGAUGUGAAACUGACUCAAGAGAGUGUCAUGGACUUGGAGAAUGACAAACAGCAACUAGAAGAAAAACUUAAAAAGAAAGACUUUGAAAUUAAUCAGCUGACCGGAAAGAUUGAAGAUGAGCAAACGGCUUCAGCACAGUUGCAAAAAAAACUAAAAGAAAACCAAGCUCGAAUUGAAGAACUGGAGGAGGAGCUGGAUGCGGAGCGUGCAGCUCGUGCAAAGGUGGAGAAACAACGAUCUGAUAUUUCUAGAGAACUGGAGGACAUCAGUGAGCGCCUAGAGGAGGCAGGUGGGGCCACAUGUGCUCAGGUAGAACUCAAUAAAAAAAGGGAAGCAGAGUUUCAAAAGUUGCGCAGGGACCUUGAGGAAGCCACUCUUCAUCAUGAGGCCACCACUGCCUCCCUUCGGAAGAAGCAUGCAGACAGUGUGGCAGAACUAGGGGAACAGAUUGACAAUUUGCAAAGGGUCAAACAGAAGUUAGAGAAAGAAAAAGUUGAAUUCAAGUUGGAAUUGGAUGACCUUUCCUCGAACAUGGAGAGUGUGGUAAAGUCCAAGGUAAAUCUUGAAAAGAUGUGCCGUUCACUGGAAGAUCAGAUGAAUGAGCAUAGGUCAAAAGCUGAAGAAGCCCAGAGAGCACUGAAUGAUACGUCCACCCAGAAAGCCAAGUUGCUGACUGAAAAUGGGGAACUUGGACGACAAUUGGAGGAAAAGGAAUGUCUAAUUUCCCAACUCACUAGAGGAAAGACCUCAUACACCCAGCAACUUGAAGACUUGAAAAGACAACUUGAGGAAGAGGUGAAAGCAAAGAGUGCUCUUGCUCAUGCUGUACAGUCAGCCCGUCAUGAUUGUGACUUACUAAGAGAGCAAUUUGAAGAGGAGCAAGAAGCAAAAGCUGAGCUCCAACGGGCAUUAUCCAAGACCAAUACAGAGGUAGCAACAUGGAGGGCAAGGUAUGAGACUGAUGGAAUUCAGAGAACGGAGGAACUGGAGGAAGCCAAGAAGAAACUUGUACAAAAAUUGCAAGAAGCAGAGGAAGCAGUGGAAGCAGUGAAUGCAAAGUGUUCUUCUCUUGAGAAAACAAAACAUCGCCUGCAAAAUGAGAUUGAAGAUCUGAUGCUGGAUCUUGAACGGUCAAAUGCAGCAUCUGCGGCCCUGGACAAAAAACAAAGAUCCUUUGACAAAGUCAUUGCAGAGUGGAAACAAAAGUAUGAAGAGUCACAAUGUGAGCUUGAGGGAGCACAAAAGGAAGCCCGUAGCUUAAGUACAGAGCUUUUUAAACUGAAGAACUCUUAUGAAGAAACGCUAGAUCACCUUGAGACCGUCAAAAGGGAAAACAAGAAUCUUCAGGAGGAGAUCUCAGACUUAACAGAUCAGGUGGGUGAAGGACGAAAGAGUAUUCAUGAGUUAGAAAAACUGAGGAAACAGCUGGAACAGGAGAAAGCAGAGUUGCAGUCUGCACUUGAAGAAGCUGAUGCUUCAGUCGAGCACGAAGAAGGUAAGAUUCUACGAACUCAGCUGGAAUUCAACCAGUUGAAGGCAGAUGUUGAGCGCAAGAUUGCAGAGAAGGAUGAGGAAAUGGAACAAGCAAAAAGAAACUACCAGCGUAUGGUUGAAUCCUUGCAGGCGUCUCUUGAGGCAGAGAAUAGAAGCCGCAACGAGGCCUUAAGAGUGAAAAAAAAGAUGGAGGGAGACCUUAAUGAAAUGGAAAUUCAAUUAAGCCAGGCCAACAGACAGGCAGCAGAUGCCCAGAAGCAGCUGAAGAUGAUCCAGUCAUGCUUAAAGGACACUCAACUCCAGCUGGACGAGACACUUCACAGUAAUGAUGAUCUCAAAGAAAACAUUUCCCUGUUGGAGCGCAGAAACAACCUGAUUCAAGCAGAACUAGAAGAACUGAGAGCAGUGCUGGAACAAACAGAGAGGUGUCGCAAACUAGCUGAACAUGAACUUACUGAAGCAACUGAGAGGAUGCAACUCUUGCACUCCCAAAACACUAGCCUAAUCAACCAAAAGAAAAAGCAAGAAUCUGAUCUGCUUCAGUUGCAAAAUGAAAUUGAGGAGUUAGUGCAAGAGAAUCGCAAUGCAAAUGAAAAGGCAAAGAAAGCCAUUACUGAUGCAGCUAUGAUGGCCGAAGAGUUAAAGAAGGAACAAGACACUAGUGCACACCUUGAAAGGAUGAAAAAGAACAUGGAACAGACCAUCAAGGACCUACAGCACCGUCUAGAUGAAGCAGAGCAAGUAGCAAUGAAAGGAGGGAAAAAGCAGCUACAUAAAAUGGAGGCACGUAUCCGUGAGCUUGAGAAUGAGUUAGAUGCAGAGCAAAAGCGAGGUUCAGAGUCUAUUAAAAGUGUGAGAAAGUAUGAACGACGCAUAAAGGAGCUGACUUAUCAGACAGACGAGGAUCGCAAGAACCUGGCAAGACUGCAAGACUUAGUGGACAAGCUACAGCUGAAAGUAAAAUCUUACAAACGUUCUGCUGAAGAAGCCGAGGAACAGGCAAAUGCCAACCUGGCCAAAUUACGAAAACUGCAGCACGAGCUGGAAGAGGCAGAGGAGCGGGCAGAUAUUGCAGAAUCUCAAGUAAACAAGCUGCGUGCUAAAACUAGAGAUGGCGUACCUGGAAAGAAAUCCCAGGAUGAGUAAUGUGUCUUGAGUAGUUGUGUAAUCUCACCUAGAUUUGUUUGUUCACUAGUUUUAAGAUUAGUACCUGGAAUCCCUCUAAAAGAUUAAACAUUAGUCAAACCAUAAAUGUGUCCCUAGGCCACAAAACCAGUCUUACGUCUCUGGGGUAUAUUUGUAGCAAAUGCCAACAAUACAUAGUAUGGGUCAAAAUUAUAGAUU